AAUGAACAGAUUGAAAAUCUUACCUUUGCGGGAUGACAGUUUGAAAAGUAAAUUAUUGGAGCUGAAACGCACGUUCGAAACAAGCUAUGGACCAAGUGGGAAACUGAAAUUAUUCGCUGAACAGAGUGGAGAACAAAGUUAUGGAUCGUCUUCAACUUUGUUCUUACGUUCUGUGGUAAAUCUAUACGAAGACGAUCCCGUAAUAAAACUACUGUUUACAAGCAUCAAAGAGCACUUGAAAAACUACAAAGAUUUCGGUUUGUUUUGUAGUUUUACAUGCCUGUCGUUACUUCAUAGCGGUUUAACAACGGACGUACCAGCGUCCGUGGUAACCCAGUGCUACGAAAAAUUUUUGUGCGAAAUUUCAGACUUUAUUUCCAGCUCGGCUCUCAGUUUUGACGUCAGUUCAUUGACAUCAUUUACAAAGCUGUUAAAUGGGGUAAUUUGGACCAAGCCAACUCUAAAACUUACUGUAAAUGAAGUGGAGACCUGGUCAAUGCAGAUGUUAAAAGCCUGCAUAAAACAAAUGCCUUGUAAAGGCUGGAGACCAAGUAAUCCAUUACCAGCAAUCACUUAUCAACAGAGCGCACUAAAACAAAACCCACAAGUGUUUGAUGGAGUUAUACUCGAACUAUAUCAUUAUACAGCAAGUGAUUUACAUGAUAUUUGUGCUGUCGUUUCUAUGAAACAAAACCGCCGAGUCAUGGUAAUAAACCUGACACAAAUUGCUGACUCACAAACUGAAAUGUUCAAAAACUCAACCAAAUCUGAAGUGAACAAAUUCUCUGAAAAUGAAACUAAAAAGUUCAUGCAAAAAAUUGUGGGCUGUAAAAUUUCAAUUCUAUUUAGCCAAAGAAUCGUUUCAGACGAAAUAAAAAAGUUCCUUUCUGAACAAAGUGUCACUGUAAUAGACCGGAUAGGUCGUGAUGCAAUUGAUUCGGUAAAGGACAUCACAAGGUGUAAGAUAAUUGAGUAUUUUUGUGAAGAACCAAUUCAUUGUAUUAGUACCAUUGAUGAUAUAAGAGAAAUUACUUUUAAUGGGAAAUCGUACAUUCUUUUAACAAAUUCUUCAAUUCCUAUGUGUUCUAUUAUAGUAUUUUAUUCAAAUCCAGCAAUUGAGCAUGAUGUUCGACAUAUAUGCACUGCUGCGUUACAUACAUUCUGGCAAACAGUAAACAGCCAAAAGGUUUUACCUGGUGGCGGAAAAUUGGAAAUUGAAAUAGCAAGAAAUUUACGCAGAAUUUAUUCAAACCAAAACACCCACACCGAUAUUCCAUGCACGAAAAGUCAAUUCCUGAUUUGUUUAGAAAAUUUUUGUUCUGUUUUUGACCAUAUUGGUCAUAUGCUGCAUGACAGUCCAAAUAAUUGCCCUGUAAUUCAGGACUGUUAUACCUCAAAAUAUAACGCUAUAAUGGUGGCUGUGCAAACUGCUUGCAUGGUACUAGGUAUACAGUUUCAUAUAACGGAUUAAUCAUUUUUAAUUUCUUUAAAAUUUGCUAACAUUACCAGUUCACUGUAUGUUGUGCUUAUAUGAUACAUAAUUCUGCAACCUUAUUCAUUCAUAUUUGUUGUGCUCUGAUUCUGUAAGUUGUAUUAUUUAAUCUGAAAUGCAUAAAUACCUUUUUCCAUUUAUAUGCAAGUUGUUGUUCCAAAAACUAAGAUAUCUUUUUUUUCGCACAGAAUGCCACAGAUUAAAUUAGAGCAUGUUGUAUCAUUCAGCAGUGAACAUAAAGAACAUAAAGUCGAGAACCUGCUGAAAAGUGGGAAAUGGAAGUGUGCCAAACCUGGCGAAAAACAAAGUUUUGUUGUUUUCCAGUUUAAAAAAGCGACAAAAAUCUCCUCGAUUGACAUUGGGAAUGAUGGAUCGGCAUUCGUGGAGGUUUUGGUAUGCAGGUCUGGAGGGGAGGAAAAAUAUGAAGUUCUUCUUUUAGCAUCUUCGUUAAUGUCACCACUAGAGAGCAGAACGGGGGAAGGAGCAAAUCGUGUUCGGAUGUUUAGUAGGGAAAAACUUGUGUCCUCGGCUGCAGAACAGAUUUGGGAUCAAGUAAAAGUGGUCUGCACCCAACCGUUUAAUAAAAAUACAAUGUAUGGACUUUCAUUCAUACGGUUUAACACUGAUGAGGAGAAACCUGAGGUUUUAAAACAAGAAACGCAAGAAAAAAACGUAAAAGUAGAGAUUACCCCACAGAAGAAGAAAGUGGCACCCACAAGUACAAGUAAAGCUAAAAUUCAGGAGACUGUAAUAAAGAAAGAGCCGCCAAAUGAUACAUCUUCUAUAAGUAAGAAACUUGCUGGUCUCAAGAGGUCUGCAGAGCAAAGGAGGAAUGAAGGAACUCCGAAGAAAAAGCAAACUUUGGAUCCUGGUUCUGACUUGAAAAUGGAUAAAUUACUAAAAGAUGUUGUAAUUGCUCUAAGUGGAUACCAGAACCCUGAAAGGGGAAAUAUCCGUGAUACAGCAAUGAAAAUGGGGGCACAGUACAGAAAAGAUUGGACUGCUGAUUGCACCCACUUGAUUUGCGCAUUUCCAAACACACCUAAAUACACAAAGGUCAUUAAAUGCGGUGGUAAGGUGGUCAAGCAUACAUGGAUCAUGGAUUGUUGGAGUAAUAAAAAGUUAAUGAACUGGAAAAGUUACAGCUUGGCGCCAGUUGCCAGCGACGACGAGGACAAAGAACAAUCAAAUUCACCGAAGCAAAAGGCGAACAAUGUGUACGAUGAAUCAACAGACGCUGAAGACAGUGAAGACACUGACGCCGAGAUAGACGGAUUUUUAAAAAGUGACAAAAAAGAAAAAGGCAGUGCAACUAACGGUGGUAAUGUAGAAAAUGUUAAAAGUUUGCCCAACUAUUUCGACAGCCUUGGAUUUUGCCUGGUCGGCGAGUUUUCUGCGGCAGUAGAACGCAUGUUACGACGUCAUGUUACAGUGUUCGGCGGCAAUGUGCACGAUUCUAUUGAAGAUAACGAUGUCACUCAUGUUGUAACACAAGGAGGUUGGAACACAGAGUUAAAAAAGCGGCUAAAGUCAAACCCUUCUCUACAAUUCGUGCGCCCGGAGUGGGUUUUUAAAUGCAGUAAAUCUGCCAGUUUAUUGCCCUGUGCAGCAUACGCAGUUCCGCGCUCAUAAUUUGUAGCAAUUGUGUUGUAACUGCUGUUACUGGCGCAAAAGUGACGGUAAAGCAAAUUUAAUUGUAAAACGUAAACCUCCUGCGUUGGUUUAUGGCCUAAUUAGUCACCGGUUUGAACACCAAAGCAGUUUAAAUAUAUCACUGUAGAACUUGGGCGUUUAAGACUUGAAUGAUGGACUUAUUUUUCAUAUAAAAGGGGGAAAAUGGGACACCUUCAGCAUGUAACAUCGAAGUAUCCGGAUCGUGUUUUAAACAAUUAACAAGGGUCUAUGGGAGUCGCUAGAAUACAGUUUUAUAAUUCUUUGAAUGUUCU